AAGCAAUUAAACUAUUGAUCAUACACAAACUGAAAGAGACCUAUUAAGGUAAAUACCAUAAAACCAUUUUUAAAAAUUCAAUCAAGGGCCCUACAACACCAAUUGGUAUUUACUUAGUAAUCAGUCACGAAACAACCCGUGAACAGAUAAGUUAAAAUUGAAGAAUGAUCGUUAUUGCCGCUAUUCAAUCCAUUAUCUGCCCAAAGAUCUAUUGACAUUAAAAUUGAUUUAAGUGUUACCGUGAUAGUUUUCUUCUUUAGCCAUAAUCGUUGUACUUUGUACCUAAUAGAUCAUAUUAGUUUGCCUAUUUAAAUAAAUCAUAGUAUUGAAGAACAUUUGAACUAUUAUCGCUACCUGUACCAACGUACACCUAUUUUACAUGAUUUAUAUUCCAGAUAUUACAUGAAACGUAAAGAAAGUGAUCAUUACGGUACUAUAAUAGGUAACACUUGUUAAUUAUUUGUAGUUGUUCAUUUGUUUAUAAAAUAUUUUUUAUAAAAAGAAUUAGUUUUUAUUUUAUUUAAAAUUAAUAUUAGGCAUAUUGAUCAUACACAUGGUAAACUUAUCGUAACUGCGAUUUACCUUUCUUUAAAAAUCUUUUAAUAUGUACCGAGAUUUUUCAUGUAGGCCUACUACUGUGUGAUUUGUUUAGUAUUUGAUUUUGAUAUAGAAUGCCAACAACGAACUAAUGUCUUGUACAUUUGCUUUUAGAACACAAACAUAGUUAUGUAUGUAUAUGUGUGAAUGACCGUAACUGCUGCAGCGAUUGUCUACAAAAUCGUUCCCAUAAUGCCUAAAUGAUCAGACUAUCAAAGUAUCAAUUUGUGUCCGUCUUGUUUGAUGAUACACAAUCUGAUACUACAUGUUUAAUUAAGCCGAUUGCCCUGGUCUGUAACAGCGCUCCAACGCCUAGGAUCUAUGACUGUGUCUACGUAGUGAUUAAUCGGCCGACGACGUUCCAAAUUUACCCGAUGUAAUUCGUCUAAAGAAAUGCAUGAUCAACUUGAAUGAAAAGGACGCUAGUUCAGUUGCCAAGCCUAAACAGCUCCUGGUAACAGGCAAUUUUGAGUGUGCACUCAAUCAACGAAUGUGCCUUUACUAUGAAGCGAACAGCAAGUGUUAUCAGUAAGCCCAACAGCAUUGGAGAAACAAGAACCAAAUCGGCUAGACACACAACUUUCGACCACAAUGGAAAUAAGGUUAAGAAAUCUAUUGAUGACGAAAAUUCAAAAGCUGAGCAAGAUACCGAAACAACGACCAGAGUUACCAAUAAACCCCCAAAGAAAACAGUUUCACAAAUUAUCAAAGACAAGAAAAAGCAACAAACACUGACAAUUCAAUGGUUGGAAGAGAACUAUUGUAUAUGUGAGGGAGUAUGUUUGCCUCGCUGUAUUCUAUAUUCUCAUUAUCUUGAUUUCUGUGAGAAAGAACACCUAGAGCCUGCGUGUGCUGCUACAUUUGGGAAGACAAUACGCCAAAAGUUUCCUCAUCUCACUACCCGACGACUUGGAACAAGAGGUCAUUCAAAGUAUCACUACUAUGGAAUCGGAAUUAAAGAAUCAAGUGUUUAUUAUCAUUCGGUGUAUUCUGGAAAAGGAUUAACAAGAUUUUCAGGCGCUCGAUUGAAAAAUGAGGGUGGGUUUAGUAGAAAAUAUUCGUUAGCCUCAAAGACUGGUACGUUACUCCCGGAAUUCCCUUCUGUUGAACACAUGAUUCUGGAACCUGAUCUGGAAAGGGAUAAGCUUGAAACCUUAUUAAUGAUGUAUAAGACACACUGCCAAUGUAUACUCGAUACCAUUAUCAACAACACUAUUGAGGAGUUAGCUGACAUACGCAGCUUUAGCAAACAAUGGGAGGAUUGGAUAAAGACAUCGCUUGAAAAUCUUCCAGAUGCUUUGUAUCAAGCCAAGAUGCCUGUAGCAAGACGAUUUGUUCUUUCCCUCAAACGACAGGCAUCCUUCCUCCAUUUAGCUCAGACAGCUCGGCCAGUUCUCUUCGAUCAGGGUAUCAUUGACCAUAUGAUAAAGGAUAUCGAUCUCAUCGACACCAACUGCAUUGGUUCGCAUGCGUUUUUGAGUCAAACAAAUGAGGAUGCAGAUAACGAACUAAACACGGAAUUUCUCGGGGAAUUCAAGGAACUUUUGAAGAAACAAGCUACUGUGGAAGCAUUUACUGAAUGGUUGGAUCAAGUAGUGGAGAGUAAAGUUUUAAAGAGCAAACAUAGAACGUUAAAGAAGCGAGCCCAAGAUUUUCUGUUGAAAUGGUCGUUUUUUGGCGCACGUGUUAUGCACACGCUGACAUUGAAUAAUGCUACAAGUUUUGCAUCUUUCCAUUUGAUAAGAAUGCUACUUGAUGAGUAUAUCCUAUUGGCAGUCGAAUCUCAAUUUAAUGAUGAAAAGGAUACUGAGCUUCACAACCUUAUACAUAAAUACACUAAUUCUAAUUUAAAUGGGCAAGCUAAAUUACUUCUGAGUCAGCCGAGUACAUGCUUUGCGGCGAAUAGAGCAAAUUUGAUACGUGUAACUAGUUCGACUAGCACAGCCGAUCAAGCAAACAUUAAACGGGAGCAAUUCAGUGAGAUAUAUACAUCUUCACAGUAUUCAACUUAUGCUGGGUUUGAUAGAGACAUGUACUCCUACCCACCGUACUCAUACCCAUAUAGCAUGUCAGCAAGUCAUAUUCCUGCUAAUCGGAUGAUGACUCCGCCAUUGUCACCAGCAAUGUACAAUCCUCGACGAAACAGCUACUCUGUGAAUCAUGAUGUCGAUAAUAUACCGGCAAGUAAAGCUGGAGCAUCUGCACCAUUUAAUGGUCAGCCUCCAAUUAGUUACUACCAAGGAAACGAUUACCAACCGUACUCUAGGCAUACGGGGUCUUAUGAACACUAUCCAAAUACCGGACUGUAUCCCCACCCUACUCUGCGUCAUGGAUACAACAUGGCGUACCCCUCUCAAAAGAGUGGGAUAGAGAAUACGAACCACUACCAAGACCAGCAGUACCGUGAUGAAAAUACUUAUUUUGGAAGUUGUGCACUAACGAAUGCACGGCGAAACGUUAAUACUACCAUAUCGACGAAUUCGUACCGCGCUGAACUGUUUUCUGAUGCGCCGCAUUACACAAUGAACUCUGGAUACAUACAUAGUGAAGGAAGUAAAGUAAAUCAGAUUAAUCCAAUGCAACGGGACAGUACUGGAAGUGCACUGUUACGAAUAUCAACGACAGACUCUUGCUUGAAUUACCAACAACGCACGGGAAGCAAAAAUGUUGAACAUGUUUCGGUGAUUAGUAGCACUUCUGGUGAGGGACGUCACGUGAGUAAUCAGUACGCGUACGAGACUACUGAUCCUUUAAAUCUCUUAGAUUAUGCCCAGCAAAAAGGACCUGCUAAAGGAUUAGCAUAUUCAGACGAGCUCACUCAAGGAAAUCAGCAUGUAGUACCAUAUGGACGAGAAACUAAAAUAAGCAGGCAUCAAACUUCAAACUACGUGCAAGAAAACGCUCUCUAUCACGGAACAUCACAACAAGAACCUGCUCGCCAAGUUACACAUCCUGAAAAUCAAGAUACGCAUCUACCGUCUAUAAACUCAAUGUUUAUGUCAUGAUGAGUGUACAAUUGACCAUUCCAGCGUAUCCAAUCAAACUUAAAGUCCAAUUAAAAUGAGGCUUUUUAAGUUGCUGAUUAUUGAAGUAUUACAUAUGUUUAACAAAUGAGUGGUAAUAAAAUAUUUAUUGUCCCACAAACACGCGUGUUGUUUAAAGCCGGACACUCACUGCGUCGUACGACCGUCGCACGACGAAUCCAACUCCGUUCUCUGUGAUCGAUAGACGACGCGACGCCGUCUGCUGCUUGUGGGUGGCAGUAGUCUGAACGGAUCGUCAUUAAAAACGAUCUGUUGCGCGUCGACCGAUGACCGUCGUGCGCAGGGGAUGCCCGGCUUUACGAAUGCACGUACGUUUACGUUUUCGUUUUGUGAGACCUUAUGUAACAAUAUCUGGGGGGGGGGGGUAUGCAAUCUCUUAUAAAGCUUCCGUUUCUUUAAAUAAAAGAAGUCUAAGAUAAUUAUGUAUAUUUAAAGUGAUUGAAAUUCCUUACAUGUUCAAGUUUAAACAAUUUUGUAGAAUUGGAAGUGUAUUGUUUGUACAUAACUAACUGUGAUAUGCGUUCGUGUUGUAAAUUAGGCCAAAGUGGUUGAAACCGUAUUACAUUUAGACAUAACGUUAUGAAUAUUAGGGUGUAUGCAUGUGCAAUAGGGGUCGUAGACAUAGAUGAUCAUCAGUAUUGUUGUUAAUACAUUUGGUGAAAAUAAACUAAGCUGCAGUGA